UUCCAUAUUCACAGAUCUAUCUUCUUCCUAACUUCAACAAAUUAAAACAUUUAACUACAAAUUUUAGAAGCAAGUCACCGUCCAAAAUACUCUUUAUAUGUUUUCCGUCCAAAGAAUAAAAGAAAAAUAUAAGCACGACAAUCAUAUUGUUUAGGAGUUUAUGCCCAAAAGUCGGCAAAAUCUGGCAGAGCAAAAACCCCAUGUGAUCCACGAUUGUUCUCUGUUGUGUUUAUAAAAGAAAGUUAAUGAAAUUGAUGCAGCAGAUGAGCUGAUCGUCAAUCACUUCUGUUGGAGUGGGUUUCAAUCGCAAUCAAUCAGAAACUCGUGGAUCUCACCAGUUCCGGCCAUCCGUGACCACAUGUGCUGAGCCUUCCGCUAAUUCAUUCAUCUCAUGGCCUCUGAACUUGGAUUCCGGCCGUCGGAGCUUUCUUUCUUUUCCCGGAAGUCUAUUUCUCCGAUCAAUCACCGGGAAAAUCUCAGAUUACCCUUCACCCCUCAAAGGAAAACGACCCCAGAGCCGCUGUUGAGGUGGGGUUCCGGUCGCCGUCAAGUUGUUGCAGCGAAGAAGCCGUCGAUCGAUGGUGUUCCGCCGGAGCUUAACAAAAUCGCUUCCCAGAAACUGGACUCUGCUCCAGCCCGCCGACGGGUCCGAUGGGCUUUCAUGGAGCUUCAGCAACAGCUCGAUCACUGCUUAUUCAAGAUGGCUCCUGCUGGGAUCAAGACCGAGGAGUGGUAUGAGUGUAAUUCAAGGGGUUUGAAUAUUUUCUGCAAAAGAUGGUUUCCUGAGGCAGAUGUUCAUAUUAAAGGUGCUCUCUGUUUCUGCCAUGGCUAUGGUGAUACCUGCACUUUCUUCUUUGAUGGAAUUGCUAGGCACAUUGCUGCAUCUGGGUAUGCCGUCUACGCUAUGGACUAUCCGGGUUUCGGCCUUUCGGAAGGAUUGCACGGUUACAUUCCUGACUUUGAUCAACUAGUUGAUGAUGUUAUAGAACAAUACAAGAAGUUUAAAGGUAGACCAGAAUUGAAAGGAUUGCCUCAUUUCAUAUUAGGACAGUCAAUGGGGGGAGCUGUUACUUUGAAAAUGCACUUGAAAGAACCAAAGUUAUGGGAUGGAGUGGUUCUUGUGGCUCCCAUGUGUAAAAUUGCAGACGAUGUGAAACCGCCAGAACCGGUUCUUAAGGUCUUAAAUCUAAUGUCUAAUGUGGUGCCAAAAGCCAAGCUUCUCCCGAAGGUCGAUCUUGGUGAACUAGCUCUCAGAGAAAUGAAGAAAAGGAAACUGGCAGUCUACAAUGUUAUAUCGUAUGAUGAUCGGAUGCGCGUGAAAACUGCGAUGGAACUUUUAAAGGCAACAGAUGAUAUCGAGAAACAAGUUGAGAAAGUUUCAUCACCAUUACUUGUUCUUCAUGGAGCUGCAGACAAGGUGACAGAUCCUAAGAUUAGUCGUUUUCUAUAUGAGAAAGCGUCGAGCAAGGACAAGACUCUGAAACUCUAUGAACAAGGCUUUCAUUGCAUCCUAGAAGGAGAACCAGAUGAAAGAAUCUUCACUGUUCUUAAUGAUAUCAUCUAUUGGCUAGAUUCACGAUGCUCCUCGACGUCUCUCGACUAAUUGCACAGUAAUAUUCGUCCAUUGUUAAUUAGUAAGAAUGAGUUAGAUAUCUCAAAAUUCAAAUGUUGUAUUUUAUUCACUUUACUUAAAAUUCUAUUUAGUUUAUGCUUUCGAAAUUUCAUAUUGAUGGUAACGUAACAGAGAAUUUUAGGAUAAUAUAUCAAACUUGUCAAAGUGAAUUUAGUUAUGCGGUAAUUGACAUAUAUUUUCAUCAUCAAAGUAGAAAGUUCAAUCUUCUA